AUGACAAACCUAGAACGAUCUGAAUCUCAAGAAACUAGUAUAGAAGACGAUAUAGAAUGUCUCAACGAAGACCACGUUUCCAAAGAACUUCAAAAGACGACAUCAGCAGUAUCCGUGGUAUAUUUUGCCAUUCCCAAUUUCGAAGAAAUAUCUCGAUUCAGAGAAAUCCUAUUCAUGGCAUUCAUGUGUACAUCGCAACUAUUGACCCAAGCAGCAGUUGCUCAAACGAUGAACACCUCGGUCGAGAUAAGUGAAACAUUCAACGUAUCUACCAAACCAGGUGAAAUCUCCUGGUUCGCAGCCGCAUUCUCAAUGACAGUGGGUACGUUUAUUCUCAUUUCAGGAAGAUUAGGAGAUAUGUUUGGAUAUAAAAGGAUGUACAUUAUUGGAUAUAUCUGGUUUGGUAUCGCCUCUUUAUUGUGUGGAUUUGCCGGCUUGACUAAAGAACCUAUAUUUUUCGAUACUAUGAGAGCAUUACAAGGAAUAGGUCCUGCAAUUAUGAUGCCAAACACUCAAGCGUUAAUUGGAUCCUUCUAUCCGGAAGGAAUGAGAAAGAAUAUUUGUAUGGCGAUGUUUGGAGCAGUAGCACCAAGUGGAUUUCUCGUCGGGGCACUAUUUAGUGGACUUUUGACGGUUAGAGUGUGGUGGGCGUGGACAUUUUGGAUUUGUGGGAUUGUGAGUAUUAUGGUGGCUGUUGCAUCUUUCUUUGUCAUACCAAAACGUAUUGGAGUCAAAUCAGGUGGAUCAUUUGAUUAUUGGGGUUCAUUAUUCGGAGUAAGUGGAUUAGUUCUUAUUAAUUUUGCAUUUAAUCAAGGUCCAAACGUAGGUUGGUCAACGGUCUACGUCUAUGUCCUUCUUAUAGUUGGUUUCAUCUGUAUGGGGAUAUUCUACCUCGUUGAGAAGAGAGUCAAGGAUCCAUUAGUGCCCCCAGAAGUUCUUAAAGGUGAAACCGGUUUCGUUCUCGGGUGUAUCGCUGCUGGUUGGUCGUGUUUUGGAGUCUGGCUUUUCUACCAAUUUCGUUGGGCGCUAAUUGUUGACAACAAUAACCCAAUCAUUGCUGCUGUAACCAAUAUUCCAACAGGUUUUGUUGGGGUUUUCGCCGCCAUAACCACUGCCUUACUAUUAAUGAAAAUUCCAUCAGCCGUUGUCAUGUUUUUCGCAAUGUUGGCAUUCUUGGUUGGGAUUGUGCUUAUGGGAACCCGUCCAGUGGGACAAACGUAUUGGGCUCAGAAGUUCGUAAGUUUAUUAAUCCAACCAAUGGGUAUGGAUAUGUCUUUCCCUGCUGCUUGUAUCUUGUUAAGUUCUGCUUUUCCAAGAAGACAACAAGGUAUUGCUGGGUCUUUGGUUUCUACGUUUGUUAAUUAUUCGAUUUCCAUCGGAUUAGGGUUUGCUGGUACGGUUGAAUAUUAUACUACAAGAAAUAUGGAGCCUAGUCUUGAAACUACUAUACAUGGGAUGAGAAAUGCAUUUUAUAUGGGGAUGGGAUUAGCUGGUGUAGGGGUGAUUUUAUCUACUAUUUUCAUGAUUAUUCAAUUGCUUAAUCGUCGUAGCUUAGAGAAGAAUAAUUCUUCUAUAGAUGAACUUCCUAGUUCAUCUGGAGAAGAAGCUCCGAGCAAUGAAGAAGAAGUUCUUUCAUAG